AUGAAACUAGGAAACGUCUUGGAUUGCUUCCCAUCUCCUUUUUACAACUUGGCUGUCUCCUACUACCAGCAGCAGAACUGGGAGCCGAUCAUUAGUCUCCUUUCGAGAAUGAAGUGUCUUCGGCUACUCAGCUACGCCAUGCGGAAUAUGUUUCACCGGUUCAAACAGCCUUUUGACCUCAACAUCCUGCGUUCCCCCGCACUACAUACCAUCAACGCAGUCUAUACACUGUACAGGGAUGCUGAGCAGGGCUGGACUUACAACGACGAAGCCUUCCGCUUUGUCUGUAUGGCUCCGAAUCUUAAACAUUUUCCGAUCCUCCAUGAUAUGUACGGCCGAGAUGAGAACCCCAUCACCAAGGUUAAGAGAAAGUGGCAGGAUUAUGACCCUCACAACCCGCAUGAGCGCAUCCUUCUCAAUAUCUCGACCAUGGCCAACCUCUCUAACCUCAGAUCUCUUGACAUGGGAGUCCAUUCCGAGCCGGCCAUGUUGAUCAAAGCCGCCUCGAUUAUGAUCCAUUUGGAACGUCUUUACAUCAGUAUGAUUCCCAGGAAAAAGCAAAUGAAGAUGCUCUGGGACGUGGAUAUUGAGGAUGUCACAUGGGAUAUUGAAGACAUGAUAUCUGCUGUGCGGGCAUUCAGGCCCCUGCGGUUUCUGUGUCUGCGGGGAUUGCGGAGCUUCGCCUCUUUAAGUCGCAUUCCCUCUGAUAGGCAGCGACAAACACCACAGGAAGGGCUUAAAUAUCCCAUCUCCAACAGCGAACACGUUUGGUUACUAGCAAACUUGUGCCCUCGGCUCGAGGAACUCCGUAUGCCACUACAGCGUUCACAGAGUAAUGCCCAGGAGUGUGAAAUUUACAAAGCCCUUGGGCAACUUUCGCGCCUCCAUACCGUUUUUCUUGAUCUUGACUGCGAUCCUAGACAUACAUCACUGAGGGAUGAACUGCCUAGUUCCGCGUGCGUCCGGGAAAUUCUCAUCAACUCCGCCAUCGACGAACGUCUCGUGACAGAGAUCUUCAAUUUUGCCUUCUUUAACCAGCGGACAUGUAGGAUCAAAAACAUGCGCGUGAAACUCGCCAUAGGAGACUUCUUCGUACGGGAACUAGAACAUGUAGUUCGGCAACUCGGUCGAUCAUUUCUCGUCACACGGAAGGACUUCUACAUCAAUAAGGAUGUGCUAGUGGAUGUUACGGAGGUUGGACGAGUCGCAUGGCAGUUAUGGCGCGAGGACGGUAUUGGGUAUAUCGGGUCCAUCCAUAUACCUAAAGAAAAAAAAAAGGUUAUUUUGGAGUACUGGCCACUGCAGUCAUAUAGCAAUCGGAGUAAGAAAUGGAAGGAGUUUCCGUUGCUGGUCAGAAGCUUCCCCCUAGAGAGUGUGUAA